CCCGCCCACACACACAUGACCCGGGUCACAUGACGCUGAGCCCGCUGCUACUAGUCCUGGUUCAGACAGACUGGCUACACGGAGCGAGGCUAGCUGUUAGCUUCCACUGUCUAGACGGCCGAGAUGAGUUUCCUGGGAGGUUUGUUUGGGCCGGUAUGUGAGAUAGACGUACUGCUGAACGACGCAGAGAACAGAAAGACGGCUGAGUUGAAGACAGAAGAUGGUAAAGUGGAGAAGCACUACCUGUUCUACGAUGGAGAGUCUGUUUCUGGCAAGGUGAAUCUAAAUGUGAAGCAGGGAGGAAAGCGACUGGAGCAUCAGGGCAUCCGCAUCGAGUUUGUGGGACAGAUAGAACUGUUUUCUGAUAAGAGCAACACCCAUGAGUUUGUGGACUUGGUCAAAGAGUUGGCUUUACCCGGAGAGCUCACCCAGAACAGGAGCUACGACUUUGAGUUCAUGCAGGUGGAGAAGCCCUACGAGUCCUAUACUGGAGCCAAUGUCAGACUAAGAUAUUUUCUCAGGGUGACAAUAGUUCGUCGGUUGUCUGACUUAGUGAAGGAAUACGAGUUAAUUGUCCACCAAUUAGCCACCUACCCGGACAUCAACAACUCGAUCAAGAUGGAGGUCGGCAUAGAAGACUGUCUUCACAUCGAGUUUGAAUACAAUAAAUCCAAAUACCACCUCAAGGAUGUAAUUGUUGGGAAGAUUUACUUCCUGCUAGUCAGGAUCAAGAUCCAACACAUGGAGCUGCAGCUCAUCAAGAAGGAGAUAACAGGCAUCGGUCCCAGUACCACCACAGAGACGGAGACAGUUGCUAAGUAUGAGAUCAUGGAUGGAGCUCCAGUUAAAGGAGAAUCAAUUCCCAUCAGACUCUUCCUGGCGGGAUAUGACUUGACACCUACCAUGAGGGAUGUCAACAAAAAGUUCUCUGUGCGCUACUUCCUUAAUCUGGUGCUGGUGGAUGAGGAGGACAGGAGAUACUUUAAACAACAGGAGAUUGUUUUGUGGAGAAAAGCUCCAGAGAAGCUGAGAAAAAGAAACUUCCAUCAGCGCUACGAGUCUCCCGAGUCCCGAACCCAACCGGUUGAAGCGGAGCAGCCAGAGAUGUGAAGGGAGCCGGGCUAUGAACUGAGAAUCCACACAGACGCACCACAGCUCUUCACUGCUGAACAGCCAGAGGUGUGAGGGCUGCCCCACCGUCUCCCUGGACUGAGCAAUGUCUGUAUACAUGAAUACACAUAACAUACCUUUAGACAUCCCCCCCCCCUCACCACGUCACAGCUUCGGAUGUGAGCUGCCCACCAUCACUGUGUCCAACGGGACCGAAACACACUCGCAUACACAUGCACACAAGCAAACAAUCCGAGUCUGCAGAAUGCUAAAUGUCAAGGCAAGAGUGCAAAACGAACCAACCCAAGCAACAAACAUUGAGACAGCCUAUUUGAUCCUGGCGUCACGGACUGAAAACACACUCGAGCACACACAAGUGAAGCCAUACAGUUUGCUGAAUGCAUAAUAAAACAGGAGCAAAGACAGAAAAGAGGAGACGGCUACAGACCAACGCACCACUUAUCUCUUUGUUUUGCAGCAGGAGCUUCUUCUUCUUCUUCUUCUUCUUUUUUUUUUUUUUUUUUGCAUACUGAACAGCACUUCUCCUGGACUUUCUCUUCCAUCCUCCCUCACACAUCCCCUACAAAGUGACUUUCUAUAGUCUGGACGGGCUGCUCAGUCAUUGAAAGUAGAUGUGGUGGAUCUGCCUGAACGAAGGAUGUGAGAGGUUGAGCUAUGAGUCAGCACACACACAUACACACACACUCAAUACCGGAGUUUAAACUCAUUCUUCCAUAUGUCCGUUUUUGUUACUGUAAGUAUGUAAAACUGUCCACAGACUGCUGCUUUCAAGCAAACGCCUGGUUUAAUGGGGAAUUUCAUGCAAGAAAUAUUCAUCUGAACAUCGAUGUAAUCCUUAAUUUGACAUCAGAUGAAAACAUAUUCCACUCUUACACAUUUCUACUUCCAGUCCACAGCUUAUUUUAUUAAGGAAAAUAUUAUUCAAGAUGGCCAUUAGCAUUUCAGCAUCAGUUAGUUCAUAAGAUUAUUUAUUUACAUUAAAGUCAUCAUAUAGAGCUACAACAAAUGCUUAUUUUCAUUACUGAAUAGUCCGCAGGUUCUCGAUUAACUGUUUAGUUUAGAAAAUGUUGGAAAGAGUGAAAUGGGCCCGUCACAAAUACCCAGAGGCCGAGUGUUGUCUGUAGAUGUCUUGAUUUGUCAGAACAGCUCCUUAAAGCGCAGCAUAUUGGAGAGAAAUCCGUUUUCCGUUGGUUGAGUAACUGAUUACUUAUCUUCUCACUGCUGUUCCUAAAGUAUCACACAUUCACACUUGAGUUCAGUCUUUUAAGAUGAAUAUUUGCUGUAAAUGUUAAUCAGUUUACAACAGAAAUUUCUCCAAAAUGUAUCAAGCGGUUGUGAUUUCUCUGUUUGUCUGCAUGUACGAGGCAUCUUGUUUGAGCUUUUCCCAUGCUGCUUUUUUUUAGGGUUAAUCUUUGAUUGUUAAUUGAAAUGUUUGUACACCCGUAUUUCAGACAAGAAAAUAUUUUUGUUUAUCUCAGUAAGUUUUUCGGAUAAGGUAGAGUUAAACUUCAGCACCUCACAUGAAAUUCUUUAAUUGGGGAGAGAAAGAAACUCAAAACUGUGAUAAACUACAUCUGCAAUUGAGAAAAUGCGGUUAUUUGUCAGUUAGGUCGACCUUUAAGUUCUCAUUGUAUCUGCUAACGGCGAAAUCAGUCAAUGUAAGAAAACGGUUUUCUUCAGUUUUUUUUUUUCUUGAAAUAUACAGAAAGUUAUGCAACUGCUUUAACCUAAAAUGACGGUUCUUUAAUAUUCAAGUAACAGUUUCUGAAUGAUUCAGUCGAAACAUGAAAUGAUAGUCGGCAGACUGUAAAUUCACUGUUCCUGUCAGUUUCACCUUGUUUAUGCUAAGGUGCAGUUUUUGAGCCUGUUGGUUUGGUAUGAAUACAAUACUAAUGUAAUAAAUGGCUCAUGCCUGCUUUGUUAGCACUGGAAGGGAUGCAGUAUCAAUAUACUGUAACAUCCAACUAUGUUCCACUGUGAUGCCCAGACCGGCAGUUUAGGUCCUGCUUUAAAGACACUGUUAUCAGCCCUGUGUGAUGGGCAGCUUUGCCCCUCAGAUCUGAUCUACGGCCAGUUUUGCACUUUUCCCUCCAAUGCUUCACCUUGCAUUAAACGGGCUUGGACGCUGAAGCAUCACUCAAGGACAACUUUGCCUCGGAGAUAAUCUGAGUCUGUAAUUGAAAUUAUACUGUCAUUUAUAUAACACUACAUAUUUUAAUUCAUCAUAAAAUGUACAAUAUUUGUUGCUACUUGUCUCUUUCAUAUGCAGCUUAUGUCACAAAGUUAUGUUUGACUUCAUAAUUGUCUGAAUGCAGAUUCAGGGUUUGUUUGUUUUUUUGUUCCUUCACACUAGUGUUGACCUUGUAAUCGGGUUUUUCUUUUGUUUGGAACUGUGUAAUUUAUUUGCAAGCAAUGCUUUCUUCCUUUCUUUCUUUCUUUCUUUCUGCCUGUUGGAUGUAUUUUCUGUCUUUCUCACAUCUUACUGGUAGGGUUUGUUUGUUUAACUUUAAAUACCGUGAAAGGUCAUGAAGACACACUUAAAAGCCAAAACUCUCUGCCCCUGUCUUAUCUACUGCAUGUAAAUCCUUACACAAUGUCCAACCAUGUCAUUGUGUGUCUGAGUGCGUGUGUGUGGGUGUGUAUGAUAAUAUGUGUGUGUAUGUACACCAAACCCAAAUAUAUAGCUGAAAUGAAUCAUGAAUAAAGCAGAUUUAUACUGAA